UGUAAGCACGUAGCAGACGCAAAGCAGCGCUGCAGAAAUGGCGGCGGACGGUGUUAGGUAUUCGCUGCAGCUCCCUUGCGUUUUUUCAUCCAAAUCGCGACAGUAUUUAGCUGUCUGUGCACAGGAUGGCAGACUUCGCGUCUGGAACACGGACAGUAAAACUCUUCACCAAGAAUUCGUGCCUUCAGCCCAUUUAAGCGCCACCUGUACGUGCAUAGCUUGGGGACCAUGCCGGACAGUGAAGGAGGGGCCUCAGAGGAAGAAGAGGAAAUCAGAGGUGGCUCAGGUGGAGGAGAGGGCAGACCUGUUGGCAAUGGGCACAGCAGCUGGAACCGUUCUCAUCUACAGUACAGUGAAGGGAGCCUUGCACUGUACUCUGGAUGGAGGUCACAGCGGAGGAGUGAACUGUGUCCACUGGCAUCCUGAAGACGGUUUAUUGUACAGCGGCUCAGAAGACACAAACAUCAUUGAGUGGGACCUGCAGACUGGAAAGACACGAAGUAAGUGGAAAGCGGACCGUGCAGCAGUGACCAGUUUAUGUGUGAGCCCCGAUGGGAAACUGUUGCUCUCAGCUGGACACGUGAUCAAGAUGUGGGAUUUGGAGACCAAGGAGGUUUACAGGAAAUUCACAGGCCACUCCACGGCUGUGACGAUCCUGCGCUUUGCCACCACACGACCUCCGGACAGCAACGGCCUUUACUUCCUCUCAGGAGCAGCACACGAUCGACUGCUCAGUGUUUGGCAAGUACGAGAAGAUGGGAAGGACAAAAACUCUGUGGUUUCUUUCACUUUGACGGAUGAACCCCAACACGUGGACCUCAGCACAUCUGGCAGAAAGGAAGAGGCUGUGAGGCUGGCAGUGGUGUGUAAGGACGGACAGCUGCAUCUGUUUGAGCACUUUUUAAAUGGGCCUUGUAAGAAGCCGCUGUUACCAUCCUGUUCGGUGCAGAUGUCCGACACCAAGGAUUCCCCGAUGCCGAUCCCACUGCUGGCGGCUGCGCUCGGAGCCGAUCCGCGGUCCGUGCUGCUCGCGUACGGCAGCCAUCUUCAGCCUGUGAUGGAGAAAGUGGAGAUCAACAUGGCAGAGAGACAUGUAUGUUUGACUCGAGAUGUUAAGACCACCCUGUCCCUUUCUAUGGAGACCACUGUCUCUAAGGUGAAAACUCCUAUUGUCAGUGCCAAGAGCAAAGUCUUGAUUCCAGGACUGCCCGGUCACAAAGCUCCGCUAACGGCGGCUCCACAGGGAACGGAAAAGAGGAAAAAAGACGCAGACAACAAAGAGAUUUCCAUAGCGGAGCGGCUCGGUGAAAUGGACCUUGAAGCAGUUUCCAACCAGAAAGGAGCUCCUAAAGUGGAGGCCUCAUUGCAGACGGACAACUAUGCGGUCCUGCUGAUGCAGGGCCUCGAGAGCAAAGAUGCUAACAUCCUAAAUAAAGUUUUCCAGACUCGUAAAGAGGCGUUAAUAAAAAAGACAGUAGCUCGAUUACCGCUCCCAGCUGUUAUACCGUUGGUUGAAGAGCUAACGAAGAGGCUCCAGGGGCACCCUUUAGCGGCGUGUCUGAUGGUACGGUGGCUCAAGGCAGUCCUCAUGCACCACACGUCAUACCUGGCAUCGCUGCCGGACCUGGUCACCCAGCUGGGAGUCCUUUAUCACAUGAUCGAGAGCAGAGUGAAGAUAUUCCACAAACUGACAAAGCUGCACGGGAAGCUGCAUCUCCUAAUGAACCAGGUGGCAGCAAACGACAGCAGUACCUUGGUGUCAGAUGUCGACCAUACAGCUAAACUGGUGUAUGAAGAGGACUCGUCUGACGAAGAUGAGGCGUCUGUUGACGAAGCCCUUCCCGAUGAAGACUCUGAUCACUGGGAAGAAGAGGAGGCAAUGCAGGAAAGUAAAGACGACGAAGAAGACUUGGAUCCCGACAGAAGAACAGAACCCAAAGCGAACGGAGAUGAGGACAUGGAGCACGAAAAUGAGAGCGAAGAAGAAUGAGAACAAAACGAUUUCAAUGAUGCAUAAGGACCUGAAAGAGUUAUAUAUGAACUGUCAUUUUAUUUUCAAGCUUUUUGAUUUUAUUAUCAGAGGGGGAAAAAAAGUUUUACAAAAAUCAAGAGACGCAUUUCAGUGGCGGUCCCUCCCUUCCUCUCCCACAACUGCUUCGCCAUAAACAUCUUAAGCUUGUGAUUCUUCUCACCAGUUGAGCAACAUUUCAGUGAAACUACAACUGAUGCAAAUCCUCUGCUCAUCUGUGCCAGCCUGCAUCCCAGCUUCACCUGCCGUUCCAGUUUUUCCUCCGCAUUCCAAGAUGUGUUGUUAGUCCGUAAAAUAUUACCACAUUGUUUGUUCAUUGUAAUAAUAGUCAUUCUGAUUGGUUUAAGUUAACUCUGGAGCAAACAUGCGAACUCAGCACUGGAGUCUAGCUGGAAUGCAGACUAGCCCAUGCCUGGUUGUUGUGCAGGAUACAGGAGGUGGGGCUGCAAUGCGAGACCUUUCAGCAUGGUCCCACACAGUGUAAAUCUAUAUGUACAGUGAAGUGUUUGUAUGAGCUCUUCCCUCUACACAAAUCUUUGGGAUUAAACAACCUUCUGUAAAGUG